GACGAAAAUAACAAAUUUGUCAGUUUAUAGUUAGUAUCGGGAAAUAUACAGGACUGAACCUAACUCUAUCAAAUUUACCCUUAAGAGGGAAUAAAACCAUUUAAAGCCAUUAAUUAAUUAUACCGUGGCCUGACUGCCUGAAUGAACUUUCGUAUAGUUUGAAAAUGCAUUUUCUGCGAAGUUAUUGAUUAAGCAAGGUGUAAAACUAUGUUUCCGAAUCCUCUUGGAGUACAGUCACGUGAACCCAGGCCAACCAGUGUAAAUACUUUAGACGUGAUGUCCCUUCUAGGUUCUACACCAGGUUCCCCUGCCAAGAAUUCCAAGGGAUCCCCUGGACUAGAUCCAGAUAAUCCCUUCUAUGAUGCACGAGAGGAUCCUUCUAAACAUCCUUCUCAACAUCCUUCUCAUACAAACCCUCCAGAAAGCAAUGGAUUACAGGGAUUAAUGAAGACUCUAGGAGAACAUGAUGAUAAACCUGGAGCUGUACCCCUGGACCCUGGUGGUAGGGGUAGUAUAUAUCCAGGGAUACAGGAUAUACAGGAUAAGAGUAUUGAGGAUAUCAUGGAUACCCUAGAGUGCCCGGUUUGCCUAGAAACAGCAGAUACAGAACCUAUUUACCAGUGUCCUGAGGGACAUCUUAUCUGCAAUGAAUGUAACAGUAAACUGGUGGACUGUCCACAGUGUGGACAUUCCCUCCUAAAUGCAAGGAACCGAACAGCUGAGAUUUUGGCGGGAAAACUCAGAGAUCUGAAGGGGGACAAAGUUCGCGGGAUAGCAUCCUCUCAAACCAUGACAGUAGGGGUGGAUAAUCCCCAGAAAGCCGGAAAGGGAAUGUUCGCGUACAUUACGUACCGCGUCAUCACGAGGAUUGGCCUCUCUAGCGGCGAAGAGACGAACUACAGUGUGUACAGAAGAUUCAAGGAUUUUAAAAAACUAGAUGAUAAACUACAAAUGAAUUAUUCUAAGAAAUGCAUAAUAUUACCGCCCCCGCCUGAUGAUAGCAAAAUAACAUCUGUGUGGAGUAAAGUGUCGAAUCUAAAUAACAGCGGGCUGGAUCGGGUCAUUGCUCUGAGAUGUAGAGAACUAGACAGAUAUAUGAAUAGACUUGCCAAACAUCCUUUUGUAAGAAAAGAUCCAGAUUUUAGAACAUUUCUUCAGGAAGGAAAAGUAGCGGCAUCUCUCGAGGUAAAGAAGGGAUUUGGCGCCAUUUUGGCGGAAAAACUGGAUUUUUCCAGAACAAGGAACAGGUUAACCAUGAAUGACAACGAUAUCUGGUUCAAGACAAAGGAGCUUCAUCACAAGGAACUGAGAAAUCAGCUGAUUCAACUUAAGAAAGAUAUAAAGAUUAUGAGCCAGGAGAAGAUGGAUUUGUUCUUGGCAACGACGACAUUUCGUCGUAAUCUUCUGCAACUAGUGGCACCUGGCGGCGGACAAAGAAUGUCUGCUCGUAGUACCAAGGAACGGGAAGGAGAUGAUCUUAUUAGAAAGAUAGCAGAUCUGCAGAACGGAAUGGCAGAUCUAUACCUGAAUCAGGCGGAGGCAGAUGAUCUGCUAACUUUCCUUGCAAUAGACUACCUCAAGCUCCUAGAUGCAGUAGAUCUCAGUAUGUCGGAUAGAUUACAAGCACUUAAGGACCUGCAGAAGAAUGUAAAGAAGAGAGGUCAAAUCUCAGAGAAAAUGGAGACCCUGGAUACUUUACAAGCAGACUUUGAUAAACUUAGUCAAACAUUAAGGCGGGAGCUGGAACAUUUUGAUGAAGUGAUGAGAGAAGAAUUUGGGGAAACAUUUACAGUGUACCAUAAACAGUACACAGCAGCACUACAGUACAAUUCAAAUCCUCGUACAGUACAGGAGAAAUAGAGUACCUGUACUUCUAUGGACGGUACAAUGCUAAUGUACAAGAUAUUUACAAUACAUGCACUCUGUUUUUCUUAGAAGUUCUGAAAAUAAAUAUAAUAUUAUUAUACAGGGUUACCCAUGAAAUGAAUGAGUCUUUAAAGACGACCUAAGAAUUCUUUAAUAUGAUGAUCCAACGGUUGAAUUUGUCUUAUUACUAACUAAUUAGAUUUUAACUGGCAUCGUUUAUGGUUAGAACUAUGAAAAUAUGAGGAAAAGACAAUAUUGCAGUUGCAGUGAACCGUGAAAAUAAGAAAAAUGAUAAAAUAUUCCGUUCAAUCGUCUUUGAAAUCUCAUCCUUUGUGGGUAACCCUGCAUACA